GACACUAUACCGAGCAGCUACAGCCUUUAAGCCCUUCUGGGUUCUUCUCAUCGCCGUCAGUCUUGGACUUUGGGAUUUUUGCCACUGACUGGAGAAGGACGUCUGGGACUUUUAUCUUCCAAGUACUUAGAAGAUCACCCCUUCAGCAGAGUCUGCGCUUCGCCAGAAUGAAGCUGGUUUCCAUCGCCCUGAUGUUCCUGGGCUCCCUGGCCUUCUUAGGAGCGGACGCCGCGCGGCUCGACGUGUCCUCGGAGUUCCGAAAGAAAUGGAAUAAGUGGGCUCUAAGUCGUGGAAAGAGGGAGUUGCGAGUGUCCAGCAGCUACUCCACCGGGCUUGCUGACACGCAGGCUGCAUCUGUCCAGACUUUCUCUGCGCCCCAGGAUGGGAAGGACGACGCCCGGAGCCCCCAGGCCAGCGGUCCGGACGCUGCUCGCACCCGAGUCAAGCGCUAUCGCCAGAGCAUGAACAGUAACUCCCAGGGCCUGCGCAGCUUUGGCUGCCGCUUCGGGACGUGCACGGUGCAGAAGCUGGCCCACCAGAUCUACCAGUUCACCGACAAGGACAAGGACGGCGUCGCCCCCAGGAACAAGAUCAGCCCCCAAGGCUACGGCCGCCGGCGCCGGCGUUCCCUGCCCGAAGCCCGCCGGAGCCGGACUCUGGUGCCUUCUGAGCCGCGGGCACUCUCGGCUCCGGCCUCACGGGUGCACCGAGGGGCCGAUGACCUCCUUAGGAUCUAGGUGCCUUAGCAGCAUUGAACAAUCGCUCAAGCGUCCUGUUGGCAUCUCUGAGGCAGGGGGCUUCGGAUCGGGACCAAGACUGUCCUGCAGAGACCUUGAGUCGUGGAGACACACACCGGCCGGCCACAGCCCUGGUUUGUUUUUUUUGCAGGGACACCCCCCCCCCCUCUUCAAGCCAGCGUUUCCUUCGCCCGGAUCCGCCAGGAUGCCCCAGGGAGGGGGGGCAGAGGAAGACCAGAGUGCCAGUCUCCACCGGGAAGAGGAGAAACGGAACUUUUUGAGACUCUCCAGGCAGGGCUGAGCCUGAACUCACGAACUGAUUUUUCUCAACGGGGUGUCAACCCCCAUCUGGGGCCCGCAAGCCUCAAUAUUACUUGAACUUUCCAAAAACCUAGAGAGGAAAAGUGCAAUGCGUGUUGUACGUACAGAGGUAACUAUCAAUAUUUAAGUUUGUUGCUGUCGAGAUUUUUUUAACUUCAAAUAUAUAGAGAUAUUUUUGUACGUUAUAUAUUGGAUUAAGGGCAUUUUAAAGCAACUAUAUUGUCUCUUCCCCCCACACCCCCUAUUUUAAAACGUGAAUGUCUAAGCGAGGUGUAACAUUUGGUUCGUGGUGUGUGUGUGUAUGUGUAUGUGUGUGUAAAGGAGUGUGCCUGAUUGUGGAAGAAGGAAAAAUCGUGUCUCUGUAUAAUCUAUUUACAUAAAAUGGGUGAUAUGCGAACAGCAAACCAAAUAAACUGUCAAUGCUGAUUCA